UUUAGACGGAAAGGUAGUAAAGUGCCAUUUUUAUCAAAAUCUUUGCCUCGAAGAUUUCCCCAAAACCAUUUUCUGUAAAAUUUUCUGGAACUCUCUCUCUAUCUCUCUCUCUGCGUGUGUGCGCGCUUUGAUGGCAGGCGAGAACGAGCCGGCGAAGCUACUCUUACCGUACCUCCAACGAGCUGAUGAGUUGCAAAAGCACGAUCCUCUCGUCGCCUAUUACUGUCGAUUAUAUGCGAUGGAACGAGGGCUCAGGAUUCCCCAAAGCGAGCGCACCAAGACCACAAAUUCACUCCUUGUUUCCCUCAUGAAACAGCUAGAAAAGGAUAAGAAAUCACUGAAGUUGGGGCCUGAAGACAAUUUGCAUCUUGAGGGAUUUGCCUUAAAUGUCUUUGAGAAGGCGGACAAGCAAGACCGUGGAGGACGAUCAGACUUGAAUACUGCAAAAACAUUUUAUGCUGCAAGUAUUUUCUUUGAGAUUCUUAAUCAGUUUGGCGCACUUCAGCCUGAUCUUGAGGAGAAACAGAAGUAUGCAGUUUGGAAAGCGGCAGAUAUAAGGAAAGCUUUGAAAGAAGGACGGCGGCCCACUCCAGGUCCGCCUGCUGGUGAUGAUGAUCUAUCACUUGAUUCACUUUCAUCAAAUACCCCCAGUGGAGCAUAUAAUCUUGGGCCAAGCGAAACUGCAGUUACUGGUGCUGGACCUGAAUCUUUCCCAUCACCUCAGUUCCCCGAUAAAUUCAACGACCAGUAUUCAACACACAUUCCUCCAUCACCUCAGGCCCAUGAUAAAGACAAUUACCAUCAUCCUACAAGCAUUCCUCCUGCAGCUCAGUUCGAUAAAGAUGGCCAGCAUCCUACACAUGUCUCAUCAUCAUCACCUCCUUCUUACCCUACUCCCAGUUACCCAUCCCAUGAUCCCACUUACCCGUCCCAUGAUUUUCAUCCACCUCCAGCAACAAACAGAUCGGAAAAUCCUACUUAUUCGCAGCCAUACCCCCAUCAGUCUUACGCACAGGAACCUCAACAGCAUUUGCCUUCUAAUUACCCUUCUCAUGAAACUUCGUCUUCUUACCCUUAUCAACAUUUUCAAUCUUAUCCAAGUUUUUCUGAGAGCAGCCUCCCAGCUGUUCCACUUCCACCUCACUAUCCUUCCUACUAUCAGGGCUCUGAUGCUUCUUACUCUCACCAACCAGCUCCUCCUGCUACCAACUACACAUCUGCUGCCCCGUACCAUUCAAGCAGCACAAAUGGGAGUGUUUCAGAACCUUCCACUACAACUGCUCAAACAUAUCAAUAUGACAGUAACUAUCAGCCCCCAGCAGAGAAAAUUGCCGAGGCACAUAAAGCUGCAAGAUUUGCAGUAGGGGCACUGGCAUUCGAUGAUGUUUCAGUUGCUGUAGACUUCUUGAAGAAAUCACUUGAACUGCUGACGAAGCCGUCAGCUGGUUAGUAAGUUUCUAUGCCCAGCUUUGGUGGGUGUCUAGAGGUGGUUCUCUUUAUGUUCGUUAUAUUUUGCAGGGUUUGAUUUGUAUAUGUGAGCGGUUUUAUAAAUGAAAUAGUUAUGGUCGUGUCUUGACAAAACGUGAACCAUGCAAAUUAAUGAUAUGGCCGCCUUAUUCUUUGUGUCUUCUGGCUUUAA